AUGGUGAAAGGACAACAACUAGAAGUGCUGAAUGCACUUGAUGUUGCGAAAACACAAUGGUACCAUUUUACAGCAAUUGUGAUUGCUGGUAUGGGAUUCUUUACAGAUGCAUACGAUUUGUUUUGCAUCUCUUUGUUGACAAAGCUUCUAGGCCGCAUUUACUAUGAUGUACCUGGAGCAAGUAAGCCAGGAGCAUUGCCUAUUAAUGUCUCAGCUGCUGUAAGUGGAGUUGCCCUUUGUGGGACUCUAGCUGGACAACUCUUCUUCGGCUGGCUCGGAGACAAAAUGGGGAGGAAGAAGGUGUAUGGUAUUACAUUAGUUAUGAUGGUUGCAAUGUCCAUUGCCUCUGGUCUCUCCUUUGGGAGCACCGCCAAGAGUGUCAUGACAACACUUUGCUUCUUUCGUUUUUGGCUUGGAUUUGGUGUUGGAGGAGAUUACCCUCUAUCUGCCACCAUCAUGUCUGAGUAUGCUAAUAAGAAGACUCGUGGAAGUUUCAUCGCCGCUGUCUUUGCUAUGCAAGGUAUGGGUAUCUUAGCUGGUGGGAUUGUUUCCUUGAUUGUUUCAUCCGCAUUUGAGGCCAAAUUCAAGCCUCCCCCUUACAAAGUAAACGCGGUUGCCUCCCUACCACCGGAGUGUGAUUACAUUUGGCGUAUUGUCUUGAUGUUUGGAGCCAUACCUGCCGCCACAACAUACUAUUGGCGUAUGCAAAUGCCUGAAACAGCUAGGUACACUGCUCUUGUGGCAAAGGAUGCUAAGCAAGCUGCUUCAGACAUGUCCAAAGUUCUCAAGGUUCAAAUAGAUGCCGAGGAGGAAAAGGUUGACAAAAUAGCAAAGAGUGAGAGGAAUCAAUUUGGACUUUUCACAAAACAAUUUGCUCGCCAAUACGGUCUUCGUCUCCUAGGAACUACCAGCACGUGGUUCUUACUCGACAUUGCAUUUUAUAGUCAAAACCUUUUCCAAAAAGAUCUUUUCACCUCUAUUGGGUGGAUCCCACCAGCAGCAGAUAUGAAUGCUAUUAGGGAAGUGUAUAUGGUAGCAAGAGCUCAAACCUUGAUCGCUCUUUGUGGAACUGUCCCCGGAUAUUGGUUUACUGUUGCUUUCAUAGAUAUUAUUGGUCGUUGGUGGAUUCAGAUGAUGGGAUUCUUUUUCAUGACCGUCUUCAUGUUUGCUAUUGCCUUUCCUUACAAAUAUUGGCAACAAAAAGAGAAUCGCAUUGGGUUCAUUAUCAUGUAUGGGCUCACCUUCUUUUUUGCCAACUUUGGUCCUAAUGCCACUACCUUUGUUGUGCCUGCUGAGGUCUUCCCAGCUAGAUUGAGAUCUACAUGCCAUGGUAUAUCUGCUGCAACAGGAAAAGCUGGUGCCAUAAUAGGUGCCUUUGGAUUUGUGUACGCGUCACAAGAGAAAGAUCCGGCUAAGAGAGAUCAUGGUUAUCCCGCCGGAAUUGGGAAGAGUAAGUCUCUUAUCGUGCUUGGUGUCAUCAACUUCUUAGGUAUGGUGUGCACUCUAAUGGUUCCUGAAUCAAAGGGUAAGUCUCUUGAAGAAUUAGCUGGGGAGGUUGAAAUCGAUGAAGUUGAUGAUGAACGCAAGGAAUCUGCUUGAUUUAAACUAUGGUGACUUGAAGAUGUUGCCUUCUGGUCAAUUCCAGAAUUACCAGAUUUUUAAAAUUAUUUUUACCUCUUGUUUUUGUUAUUUGUAUUGAGCACCAAUGAUUAGUUGGGUUCAAAACCCGCUUGCCUUCAUAAUGUUUUUAAAAUUAUUUAUUUUGCUACUAAUUAAAAGUAGCUAAUGGAUAUUCCAAUACAAAGUACUCCAUAUAACUUUGUACUCCUUUUUCAAAUAUACUAAAUAUGUCUCUUUUUAAUAAUUCAUUGUCGCACUUUUUUUUUUAUAUACUUUCUCUAUUGUUUAUUUAUUUAUUGCACCAUUAGCGCUUUUAUGUUUGUCAAUGCAUACUUUGGUUAUUUAUGUAUAUAGUUAUAAUUUUGCAAAAAAUUAUAUAAUAUUUAUAUUUAAAAAGUAAACCUAAAAAGUCUUUAUGGUGCAAUAAAAGUAAAAUGGAAGAAAUAUUUUUGUACAAGAAUAUCGCACUUUUAUUAAUAAUGUCAUGAACCCAAUAAAGUUUAAUUACUUCUCUUUUCUCACUAUUAUACUACUUGGUAAAAAUUAUUGUGACAAUGUCAUUCUGUUUCUUAGUCAAAAAUUUUCUCACCAUUUCAAAAAAAAAAAAAAAAAAAAAAAAAAAGUACUUUUUUGUUAUUACUUAUUACUCACCUCACCCCAAUGUUGUUCAAAAGUUUACCUUUUCAUACAUCCCAUGUUAGUUUGAACACUUUUUAUUUAGAAAAGACCCUACUUUUGUAAAGAAAAAAAAAAAAAAAAGAAGAAGAAGAAAAGACCCUACUUAUUUCUCAAUGAAUGAAAAAAUUACCCCACUAUCUUAUGUCAAAUCUACUUUUAUCGAUUAAUAAAAUAACACCUCGUCACUAUU